UAUGGCUUCUUCCAAUUGCUGCAGAAUUUUGCUUGCUUAUGUAGUCCAGCUUUUUUCUUGCCUCCAUUUUUGGGCUACUGGUGCAAGGAAUAGUGAAAAGGAAGAAACAAGGUAACAGCUGCCCGCAAAAAUGAAGGAGUAAGCAUAUGUCUGAGUGUAAUCAUGUAGCCAACCUGUAGGAGGGAAUCAGAGUUCAGUUACUUAAGUUUUUGAUAUUUCAGUUGAAUAUCACUUCAUUUCACACAACAUUACUACUGCAGAGCAUAUGUAGAAGGGCCAAGGAAAAUAGUUGAGAGUUUAAAUGUUUAUUCUGCAAGACUAUAGAAGUCCACAGUACAAUACUCAAGAUUUUGUCCCACCCAAAGCAUUUGUUGUACAAUACAUUUUGGAGCAUGAAACAAACACCAGUCUGGCCACACAGCAAUCAGAUGAGAUAUGCUCUUACUUUGCGAUAUCUGAUUGGUGUACCAUACAUACAAAUAAAUAAAUCCCUGUGGCCUUUUUUAAGUAACUCUACUAGUUUUCCUCUGAGCAAUAUUUUUGUCCUUGGCCAAGAUGUUCUUAAAAUGUGCCACCAGAGGGCCCACUCUUUUUUUCUUCACUGGAAUACAUGUCUGUUUCAAGGUAUUCUGAAAUGAACUCCCAAUGGAGGACUGUUUAUACAGAUUUCCAUUCACGGGGUGCUUCCACAUGCAAGUAGAACUACUGCAUUCAGGGGCCAAUUGGCAUUCAGAGGCAGGCUCCAUUUAGCUAUCAAGGCUAAUAGUUGCUGAUGGAGUUGUAUGAAUCUGGUUUUUCUGUGCAGUUCUAUGCUGGUUUACUUUGGAAAUAAGUCAUACUGUGUUCUAAGGGGCUUAUUUCCAGGAAGGUGUGCAUAGGAUUGCAGUCUUACACCACAAGUUAAAUUCAUUAUGUGAAAGAGUACUCCCUUCUGAAUCCACUGUGUGUCCAUUUUGCUGAUUGACUCCAUGAAAUAAUUACUUUUUUAUCAACUUCCUCUACACCAUGCAUAAUUUUAUAAACCUUUUAUGCCACACCACAGUCAACUUCUCCCACCAAACUAAAACACCUUAAAGCUUUAAAUCUUUAUUUUAGGGAAGUUUAUACAGCCCCCUAUCAUUUCAGUUGUUGUUUUUUGUACCCCUUCCAGUCCUUUUUGAAUUGUACACAAUAUUGCAAAUGCCGCCACACUAGAUUUAUACCAAAGAGAGAGACAGUGACUGUUUUAGUUCUUUUCCUAAUAAUAUUUCGUGUUUUAUUGCUACUGUGUCCCGAGUUGACAUUUUCAGUGAGCUGUGCACUCAAGCAAAUGCAUUUUUCCCUCAUUAGUUUCAGUUAAGACCCCAUUGCUGUGUAUAAGAAGUUUUGCACUAACUCAGAAUUGCCUUUACUGUUCUUCUGUUAGUCAUUCGCCCAGUUUAGAGAGAUCUUUCUAGAGUUCAUCACAACCUGUGUUUCACUACUCUGAGUAAUUUUGUGUUAUCCGCAGUCCUGACAGCUCCAUUGCUCACCCUUGGCUCCAGGUUUAUGAAGUUAAAUAGCAUUGGCCUCAACACACAUCCUUUGAGAACCCUCCUGCUCCAUUGUGAGAACUACUUUUGCCUUCCUGUUCUUUAACCAUGUUAGCAGUUCAGAUCACCCCCUUAUCUCAAGCUAAGUUUACUUUGCCUUUUGUGACACUAUAAUGGCUGUAUGAUUUCUCCUAUCUGCUGCUUUUGACCCAAAUAAUUCUAAUUGAUUUUAGUCUUUUAACUUGAUAUUCUUUCUCUCUCUCUCUCACACACACACAAAAUUAGCCACCUUGAAAGUGCUCGUAAAAGGAGUACUAUCAGUGACCAAUAUGUACAUGUUCAGUAAUUUCAUGUUCUUUCUUUUAAGAACUCUCAGGUAAUGUGACUGGGUUGCGCUCCAGUGACUUGUUAAUUUGUAAUUUGUCAGUUAGCUUUAAACAUCUUCAUUUGUUGCCUGUAUUGAGACAGCACCUCAGAUGCCCUCCAAGAUAACAAUAGAUUCUGAUUUGAAUCUCUCUGCAGCUUCUACCACAGUGACUAGUGAUGCAAAGAUUCCGUUUAGCCUCUGCAGUCUCCCUCUCCUUAUUCAGUACUUCUUUUACGCCUUUCAUUAAGGUACUAUGUCUUCCUGGUUGGUUUCCUGCACCUGCUGCAUUUAAAUACAUGUUUUGCUCAUGCCUUUAGCAGUUUCCUCUUCACUGCUUUAAUUGUUUGCUUUCUUGUUACUUGAUUCCCGCCCCCCCACCCUUGUGUUCUUUAUUUUCCUCAUUAGGGCAAGUCUUUCGCUUUUAAAAGUGCAGGUAGCCAGUGUAGUACCCUUCAGUUGCUACUGGACUAGAGCUCCCAUCAGCCCCAGGCAGCAUGACCAGUGUUCAGGGAUGGUGGGUGUUGUAGUUAACAACAUUUGGAGGGCACCAAGUUGCCUUUUUCUUCACACUGUUGCUUAACCAUGCUAGUAGCCUGUUGGACUUGUAUGCCACAGGUUAGAAAGGGAAUGAACAUUUUAUCUGAGUUUCUGUUACAAUGGUUUUAAACAAACUCCAAGGUUACUGAAGGGAUUUGGCCAUCCUUUCAACUUCUAUUUUAUGUUUUCAGUUUUGCCUGCUACGUAAGUCCUGAGGCAACAUCUAGCCAUUUUGAAAAACAGAUCGAAGACUAAAAUCACACACAAAGCAGGCAACUCAGGGCAGAGUUAAAAGGCAUAGCAGCUUCCUGGAGAUGAGCACAAGCAAAGGCCUGGGAGCACAAAUGUGUUUUUAGAAGUUGCCAAAAUGACAUUAACUUUGGCAUUUUCCUGAACUCAGAGGACACGUGGUUCCACAACACAAACACUACCACAGGAAAUGUGAAACUACCCAGUUCAGGAAUGUGAAUGUGGGGUUGUAGGUGUGCUUCUCCAUCCACAUUGUCACCCAGUCAUGCAGGACUAAAGACAGCUUGAGGUGAAAGUCUCUCCUAGUUGGCAAUGAAAUUUGCCAGCGUUACAGGACAAGCCAGCAUUGGCUGAUUGCCUGGGCAAAUGGGAUUUAUUUUCUCUUUUCUUCCCCUCCCCCUUUCUCUUUCUCCCUCUAUCACAUGCAGGCUGCUCAGAGGGCAACGAGGUGCCUUUGUUUUCUCUCUUGUAUUUAGUCCUUUUGCUAAAUCUCACUUGGUGUGUGGUGCUGUGACAUCAUUAAGUGUGUAUAUUUGUUAGAUUGCUAUGCUCUCCAACAGGUUCCCAGAGCAUUUUCUGAUAGCAAACUGUGGCUAACUGCAUUGCUUUCUUCUUAGAAAAUGCUUCAUAGUCCAUUGCCCCAGAUAAUUGUUUACUUCCUAUUUAGAGAUGACACGGCAAGGGUCUUGUGUUCAGGUUUCUAUAAUCUGGUGUAGCGUUCACGGGACUUUAUAACCUUUUGGAAAAUUGUAUUUCUGGUUUUGAAUGGGUCUGUACCACCUUAAAAAUCAAACAAGUCAAGUACAUUGGAUGUCACAGAAAAGGGGCCUUGUAUUCCUCUAGUCCCUGUGAGGACAUAAAAGGAGAACCAACAUUGGGUGCCUACUUCUUGCUGCUAUGGAAAUCACUGCAGGGUGUUGGGAGCAAACCGAGGGAAGAAUUGGAUCCAAAUUGGAUCCUUUCAAUCUAGGGAGGAAACUGUCAGCCCUAUAGCUGGCACAGUGAGAGUGCUGCUCCACUUUUUCUCUCACCUUGCUGGCAAGACCUAGCAGGAAAGUAGAUAUGACAGUUUGUUUGCCUUCCAUUCCCCUUUUAAAAAAAGGAUUCCAGCCUCAUUGAAUUCAGUGGGGCUUACAUCUCAAUCGGCAUGCAAGGGAUUUGAACUGUCAAUGUCUGAAUAGAGAGGUUAUUCCCCCCCCCCCCCCAGCUUUUCUGGAUUAUCUGUCAUUUUGUUCCUGGCUGCUUCCUAUGCUGCUGCAACUUGCUUGGCUAACAGCUACAUAUGUUCCUUUUACUGGUGUGUCAGUUACAUGCUAGAGAUGUAUUAAUUUUUUUCCAGGGGAAUGAGGCAAAGGAACCCUUUAUCACAUGGGGCUGUGAGGCGGGAUUUAGGGCCUUAUUCCAUGAUCAUAAUUUAUCCUAAUGUGCCCAUUAAUUCAAUUCCAGACGACUCUACACAGAAAAGGGAAAGACAAAGUAGGGAAAAGGCUAGUCCAUGGGGAUAACCAACACGAUUCCCUCCAGACGUUGUUGAACUCCCAACUCCUAUCAGCCUCAGCCAGCAUGGCCAGUGAUCAGUGACGAUGGGAGCUGCAGCUCAACCCCCAGAGGACACUACGUUGACUACCCCUGGAAUAGACAGUCUAGGGAAGACCAUGAGAGCAAGAGAGGGCCAGAGCUGUGAAGAAGGAAGGUAGGAAGCAAAUACCGUAUUUUUUGCUCUAUAAGAUUCACUUUUUCCCUCCUAAAAAGUAAGGGGAAAUGUGUGUGCGUCUUAUGGAGCGAAUGCAGGCUGUGCAGCUAUUCUAGAAGCCAGAACAGCAAGAGGGAUCGCUGCUUUCGCUGUGCAGCGAUCCCUCUUGCUGUUCUGGCUUCUGGGAUUCAGAAUAUUUUUUUCUUGUUUUCCUCCUCCAAAAACUAGGUGCGUCUUAUGGUCUGGUGCAUCUUAUGGAGCGAAAAAUACGGUGCCCAGCCUGCAGCAACCGUGAGCAAUAUUUUUCCUUACUAUUGUUAUUUAUAUUGCAUUAUCCAUGUACCUGGUGUUUCACAAAGGGGCUUUACAAUAGACAAAAGGGAAACAGAGGAAGUGGAAGGAUAUGAGAUUGUUUAACAUUUAAACAGAUGGUGCUACACAGUUGCUGCCUUUCAUUUCCCUUGUGGGUGGGCAACAGUUCACUGUUACUUCCUAAGGAUUUUUUUCCCUUCUAGAGAGCUUGUACCCCACAGGCAAGAGGAAGGAUUAAAAACACAAAUGGAUGCUUUAUUUUCCUUUUCCACACACCUUGAACAGGGUUAAGGAAGACCCUUUUUUGUGCUGACUUUUACUAUAAAAUGAAUGAAAGUCCAUAAAUAGGUUGGUCUGUUGAUAGUGUUUUGGAGGGGAAAACCCAAUACAGAAUCCAGUGAAGUCAUUGUGUGAGUGGAACAGCUUAACACUUGUGCAACUGAACUUUCCCUUCCUUCUCCUCUCCUAGAGGACUCCCUGCACCCUUUGAAAUCUGCUGGGGGAAACACCAGAGCAGAUAUCAGGGGAUGUGGAGGGGAAGCAGCUGGAGGAGGAGAGGGAAGGAAAGUUCUGUGGCAUGAGUGGAGGUCAUUCAGUUUGUGCAGUGACCUUGUUGGAUACAAAUUUUACUCAGCCUUGCUUUCGACAAGAAAGGAAUUCUAGCACUCUUUCAAUGGAAGGAAGAGGUUGUUUUAAGUUACCUGCAAUAGGAGGUCCAGCGAGGACUGCAAGGCCAGCAAUGAAUGAGGCAUGUCCCAAAGCACUGUGGAAUCUGGAGGCUCCUACAAACUCUACCUGUUGAAGCAAUCAGUGUUAUUUAUAUGUUUUAUAAAUAUUUUCAACACAUUGUCCCCCAUUUUGAAAACAGUUUGCAUGUUCCCUUCAUUUGCAUGUUUAGAAAUAAAUUUUUAAAGUUAAUAAUAAAAAUAAACCAUCUAGACUCUGCAGUUAAGCCAUAGGUGACCAAUGGCUUAUGUGAUGUGAUAGGCACAUGGGUCUUUCUCUGGCAUAGACUUGAGCGGGGGUGACAAACCUUUUCCAGCCAGAGGGCUACAUCCUGACCCUUCACAUACCCCAGGGCUACUUUGACACCUGACGCCCUUAUGGUGAUGUCAGGUGACAUCUUCAAAAGAGCUCACUGUCAGCCCCAAUGAGUUUCUUGGUGCCCACAGUGAGUCUCACUUUUUUCAUUUGCAGAUUCUGUUUGGAUUCAAACUGCACCUACAGAUGGAGACUUUUCUGCCGCAGACAAGCAAAGCUAUCUACAAGGCCAGUCUAUAGAAGAAAAAUGUCCAUUUACAGGUACAUAAACUACACUUGCAGCAGAUGUACAACUUCAAAUGAGCUUACUGUCAGCAAGCCUCGUUUGAUGAGGAACAACCUGAAGCACACUUUAAGCUCCAGAUCACAACCGUAUGUUUAUCUAUCCCACACUCCUGACCCCAUGUAUAAUAUCAGGUGGGUGAGGUUUGGGGGAAAUGACUGCACAGAGCAAAUUAGCGUCUAAUUUGUUCUGUGGGUUGGAAGUUCCCCAUGCCUGGACUAGAGUCAUAUCUCUACUCCUCCCUGUUUAUCCAGCGUUGUACCACUGCAUUCUCCCCAGCUCAGUAUAUAAUAAUUGAGGUCAAACCAACCCAAGGACUAUAAAUGUAUGUAGCUUGCAGUAGAAUGGAACAGUCUCAUAUUUUAGAACUGUGACAUGCUUGCUAAAAAAGAUUGGCCACCACAGGUUUAAGCAAUCUGAAAUUAGAGGGGAUGACAAUGAAGGGGAUGAUUUUCAGCAGGGAGAGAGCAAUCUAGACUGGGAGAACAUUUCAUAUCAGAGCCCUAUAACUGAUUCCCCCACCCUGCCCAAGUCAAAGGGGUUCAAUUAAGCACACUUUCAAAAGUGUGACAGAAGUCAUAUGUAGUUUGGUUCUGAGGCCGUACAGAAGACUUGUUUAAUUAAUGCUUUGGAGGCAGAAUCACAGACUCAAAAUGCAUUGGGUUCAAUCAAAUAGAUCUUCAGAGCAUCUGUAAGGUUUUCUCUCUCAUGUUCCUAUGUAUAAAUGGAGCCUCAGGUAUAUCAUGUUCAGAGCAUUUUUAAUUUUCUGGUUUAUCCUCUGUGUACUGAAGUAGGUGAAAGUUUUGGAUGGUCUGUGCUUUAUAAAAAUUCUGGAUCGCUUUGCUAUUAGCCUUUUGAUGAUUAAUUGCUUUCUUCUGCUUACCAGUACAGGAAGUAUCAGAGCCAGGUAUCCACCACUGAAAAUGGCAAAGACUGCAGAAUAGAUCAUAAGUAAUGGGAAGGUUGUGGCAAGAGGACACAGCAGGUUAGUGACACCACAAAAAAUGAGGUACAUCUUGUGGUAAUGAUACUUCUUGAUCCAGUUCUGAUCUGCAAUCCAACCAGAGAGCAAGAGGCUGACUGUCUCUGUUAUACCUAAAGGGAAGCAGAAAAAUAAUGAAUUUUCAAACAGAAUUUAUGUAGUAGAAGCUUUGAAAAACACAGAUAAAAGGUCAGAAAGGAAAGAGUUUGUACCCUUCUUUUAUUUCUGUAAAAUACAUGUGAAAAUUCAAAAUUUCAAGCCCAGAGGUUGGUGGCAGUUUACAUGAAAAAAAAAGAAUGUUAUUUUACUACCUUUUAUUUCUUUAACAUUUAAUAUUUCCUUGCAGAGAUCUAAUACUUUUUUUAAAAAAAGGCUUUUGAUUUAAAGAACAUUUAAGAACAUGCAUUAAGUAUUGUCAGAAGAAUCUUUCUAAUUUGUCAAUAAAAUUGAGGAUAGCUCGGUUGUAUUUAUUUGUGCAAUUUUAAAAUAUCCUCCCAAAAUAAAAUAAAAACAGCUCAGGAAACUUUCUGUCUUUUUUAUGCCACUUCUAAUUUAGCUUACUACUUGGUAUUCUUAUGAAAACAUCAGUGGCUCACAUUGAUUGUUUUUGUUUUUGUUCAGGACUAAUUUGUUGAUCUGCUUAAUUGAAAGGUAAGUGCCAUCCAUUAGAAUUUUGUAUUUCAUCACUACUAAUCGCCAACAGUGAUAUCCUGGUAAUCUACCCAUGGGGGGGGGUCUCAGGAAUUUCUAGAUUGUUAUAUGCCAUUUGUGAAAUAUUUUUUGAACAAAUACUAAAAAUAUUUUCAAAGCCCUGGCUGUCUUUUCCCCUCCUUUCAUUUUACAACAAAGUAUACUGGCUGCAGUCUAGCAAACUUGUUUAUGUAGAAGGUUACAUGUACAUAUGCAGCCAGUUUCUUUGUGUUUUGUUUUUUUGUUAAGAGAAAGUUUGCACAUUUGAAAUUAUGGCCAUUUGCCAUUACCUUCAGUCUGCAUGACUCAUAUUUUGUAUCCCUGCUCAGUAACUAGCUUUCUUAAAACAGUCACUUAGUUGCAUGCAAUUGCUGGGUUAGGGCCCAAGUCUCCAACUCCUACCUCUCAAAAUUGCUUGCUGACAAGUACAUUUGCCACAGAUGUUACUCCCUUCAUAUGCCACUCUUGGCUUUUGGUUGGCAAAUUUCAGAUUGGAGGGGAGGGG